AUGAGAUUCUCAUCUUUCUUCUUCGCAGCAGCCGCAGCAGGUCUCGCGGCCGCAGAAGGACUCACUCGUUGUGGUACCGCCGAGCCAGGCGAUGCCCUCAAAGUCGAGCUCAACGAAGCAUACUUUUCCAAGGUCGCAGAAGUGAGCAGAGUCGACGAGCGCGAAAUCAACACCUACGUCCACGUCGUCACCUCCAAAGCCAAGCGCAGCAUGUACACCAAGGAGAUGGUCCAAGAACAGAUGGAAGUCAUGAACGACGCCUACGCCCCCGUCGGCAUCACCUUCCUCACCAAAUCCAUCAACUUCACCAUCAACGACGACUGGGCCGCCGCCGGCCAAGAUUCCCCCACGGAGCAAGAAAUGAAAUCCGCCCUCCGCCGCGGCACCUACGCCGACCUGAACCUCUACUUCACCUCCGACCUCCCCGGCGGCCUGCUAGGCUUCUGCUACUUCCCCGUCGCGAACCCCACUUCCACCGACCUGAUCCUCGACGGCUGCAUGUGUCUCGCCGACUCGAUGCCCAACGGCACCGCGACGGAGUAUAAUCUGGGCUACACGGCCGUGCACGAGGUCGGGCAUUUCAUGGGGCUGUAUCAUGUCUUCCAAGGCACCUCGUGCUCCGGCUCUGGAGAUAACGUCAACGAUACGCCGCUGCAGAAAACCCCGACGCAGGGGUGUCCGAGCAGUCAGGAUAGUUGUCCCGGGGCGAAGGGCGUGGAUUCGAUUCAUAAUUAUAUGGAUUAUUCCACGGAUGAGUGUAUGUAUGAGUUUACCGACGGACAGAUCGAUCGGGCGAUUUCGAUUUAUAGUCAGCAGAGGGCUGGGAAGUGA